GUAGAGACCUGCCUACUGCAUCAGCUGAGGCGUCGGGCUGCAGGCUUCCUGCGCAGUGACAAGAUGGCUGCUCUCUUCACCAAGGUAGGGAAGACCUGUGUGGUAGCUGGAGAGGUCUGCCGAAAGGUCCAGGAGCUGCAGCAGCAGGUGGAGAGCAGGAAGUCAGCAGGAGGCAACCAGGAGACCCUUCGGAGACAGGGCUCAACUGGAGGGAAGCCCCCAACUCUCAGCCCCCAGGCCCUGAGGCACAUUUGGGUGCGCACCGCCCUCAUUGAGAAGGUGCUCGACAGAGUUGUGCAGUAUAUAGUGGAGAACUGCAGCAAAUACUAUGAGAAGGAAGCACUUCUGGCAGACCCUGUGUUUGGCCCUAUCCUUGCCUCUCUCUUAGUGGGUCCCUGUGCUCUGGAGUAUACCAAGCUGAAGACAGCGGACCACUACUGGACAGACCCUUCUGCUGAUGAGCUGGUUCAGAGGCACCGCAUCCGUGGCCCCCAUGGCCGCCAGGACUCACCCUCCAAGCGUCCAGCCCUGGGAAUCCGGAAGCGACACUCCAGUGGGAGUGCAUCAGAAGACCGGUUCGCAGCCUCAGCUCGUGAAUAUGUGGAGUCCCUUCAUCAGAAUUCCCGAACACACCUACUCUAUGGCAAGAACAAUGUGCUGGUACAGCCGAAGGAAGACAUGGAGGCUGUCCCUGGCUACCUGUCUUUACACCAAUCUGCAGAGAGCUUGACCCUGAAGUGGACCCCCAACCAGCUCAUGAAUGGAACUCUGGGAGACUCAGAGUUAGAGAAGAGCGUGUACUGGGACUAUGCGCUGAUUGUGCCCUUCAGCCAAAUUGUCUGCAUCCACUGCCACCAGCAACAGAAUGGUGGAACACUGGUGCUGGUGAGCCAAGAUGGUAUCCAGAGGCCUCCUUUGCACUUCCCCCAGGGAGGACACCUCCUGUCUUUCCUGUCCUGCCUGGAGAAUGGGCUCCUGCCCCGUGGACAGCUAGAGCCACCACUGUGGUCCCAGCAGGGAAAGGGGAAGGUCUUUCCCAAGCUGCGGAAGCGGAAUAGCACCAUGAGGUCUGUGGAUCUGGAGGAAACAGUGGUGGAUGAAAGGCGGGCCACUGACUACGUGUUCCGGAUCAUCUACCCGGGCCACAGGCAUGAGCACAUCACUAUUAACUACCACCACUUAGCUGCCAGCCGCGCGGCCUCGGUGGACGAUGAUGAGGAAGAGGAGGAUAGACUACACGCGAUGCUGUCAAUGAUCUGCUCGCGGAACCUCACAGCUCCCAAUCUGAUGAAAGAUGCCGGGGACAUGAUUGAGAUGCAAGGCUUUGGGCCAAGCCCACCAGCCUGGCAGUUUGAACCUCCAAUUGGUCACAGCUCCUGUCUCUCCUGUUCUAUCAGAGGUUCACCCUAUGACCCACCCAACUACUGCAACUGUGCGCAGGACAGAAUGCCCCUGAGAUUGCUGUGUGAGAACAUGAAGAGACAGAUCAUGUCCCGGGCCUUCUAUGGAUGGCUGGCAUACUGCCGACACCUGUCCACUGUCAGGACCCACCUGUCAGCCCUGGUACAUCAUAAUAUCAUCCCACCUGACCGGCCCCCAGGAGCUUCAGGAGGGCUCACCAAGGAUGUGUGGAGCAAGUACCAGAAAGAUAAGAAGAACUACAAGGAGCUGGAGCUUCUGAGGAGAGUGUACUAUGGGGGUGUGGAACAUGAGAUCCGAAAGGACGUCUGGCCCUUCCUGCUUGGACACUACAAGUUUGGCAUGAGCAAGAAGGAGAUGGAGCAGGUGGAUGACGCUGUGGCAUCCCGAUACCAGCGGGUACUGGCAGAGUGGAAGGCCUGUGAGGUGGUGGUCCGGCAGCGGGAGCGGGAAGCCCAUCCAGCUACACUCACCAAGUUCUCCUCGGGAAGCAGCAUCGACAGCCACGUCCAGCGCCUCAUCCACCGGGACUCCACCAUCAGCAAUGAUGUGUUCAUCUCCGUGGACGAGAUGGAUCCCCCCGACAUGGGACCGAAGUGCCCUGAAGAUUCCGUGGCUGGCACAGCACCAACGGCAGGAACGCCAGGUACCGCAAUAGUGGAGCAGCAGCAAUCUGUGGAAUUCGACUCACCAGACUCAGGGCUGCCAUCUUCCCGUAACUACUCCGUGGCUUCUGGAGUCCAGUCAAGCAUCGAUGAUGGACAGAGUGUGGGUUUUGAGGAAGAAGACCAAGGAGAGGAGGAAGAGCUGUACCCAUCUGCUUCUGGUCCCCGAGCCUCCCUGUACGAGCCCCCAGAUCCUCCCCAGGAGGACACCCCACAGCCCAGCGAGCUGGGGGCAGGGGAAGAACUGGCUGCUGUCUGUGCUGCUGCCUACACUAUAGAGUUGCUGGACACGGUGGCUUUGAACCUCCACCGGAUUGACAAGGACGUGCAAAGGUGUGACCGGACCUACUGGUAUUUCACGCCCACCAACUUGGAGAAGCUUCGGAACAUCAUGUGCAGCUAUGUAUGGGAGCAUCUGGAUGUGGGCUAUGUGCAGGGCAUGUGUGACCUGCUGGCACCCCUCAUGGUCAUCCUCGACAAUGAUCAGCUGGCUUAUAGCUGCUUCAGUCAACUCAUGAAGAGGAUGAGCCAAAACUUCCCCAACGGAGGGGCCAUGGACACACACUUUGCCAACAUGCGCUCACUCAUCCAGAUCCUGGACUCAGAGCUCUUUGAAUUGAUGCACCAGAAUGGAGACUACACCCACUUCUACUUCUGCUAUCGAUGGUUCCUGCUCGAUUUCAAGAGAGAGCUGCUCUAUGAAGAUGUCUUUGCUGUGUGGGAAGUCAUCUGGGCUGCCAGACACAUCUCUUCUGAGCACUUUGUCCUGUUCAUUGCCUUGGCCCUGGUGGAAGGAUAUCGGGAGAUCAUUCGAGAUAACAACAUGGACUUCACAGACAUUAUCAAGUUUUUCAAUGAACGAGCGGAACACCAUGAUGCCCAGGAGAUCCUGAGGAUAGCCAGGGAGCUGGUCCACAAAGUACAGACACUGAUUGAAAACAAGUGAAGCUGGCAGUGGCUUUGAAGAGGGCACCAAGGACCAGUGAAGCAGCGAUUUGCCCAAAGUCGAACAGAUGGUAAACGACGACAUGAGGAUUCCAACCCAGGUUGUGUAUGCCCAAACCCAGCAUUCACUGCUGUACCACAUGACCAGCCCAGAGAGCCCUGAAGGCAAUCUGUAGUGGGGCCGAGACCAGGCCAUGAUCUGAAAAGUGAAUGAGGGGUUCACUCCCUCUGCCUCUGUAUCUCUGGCUCUGGGUGUCUGGUCCCCCACCCCCUCCCCUAAUAAAACAACGGGGUGUCUGCGAGCCCCCGACUCAC